UAGAAGGGCAAAACCCCCAUCAGAAUGAGUGUCCAGCUAUUGGUUGCGCCUCAAGCCCAUCUCUCCACUGCAAGGCCUUUUGUAAUCGCCUGUCAUUAGUGGAGCUCACCUGUUACAUUCCCCAUGCCAACCUUGAUUAAGACCCAGCGAGUGGCUGAAAGCGGAUGUAUGUGCCAGGAUGUAGGGGCUAUUCAUAACAAAUGGGGAGACUUGGACAGAGUCGUGGCCAUCCAGCAUCUCUAACAGACGGGAAGAGAUGGACCAGUUUUGUGUUCUGUAGAGUGAGAGCUGGGGAUGAUCCAUCACGUCCAGCUGAGCCAAUGGAACAUGGAAACCAAACCAAAAAUGGACAGUACUGAACAAUUUUUGGGAAGCUUUCCCUCUCUCACUUCCCAUCAACGGCAGACAGACAUCAAAAGAGAAGAGAACGCUAAUGACUGAGAGAACCGGAGGAUGGAGGAAACAGCUGAAGGGGACAGCAGAUGGAUGGAGAGGUGUCAAACAUGAUGAGGAAGGUGCAGCUGCGGUCCUCCUCUUUUCCCAGCUGCUCGGCGUCGUGGGGUGAGGCUUAGGUGACCCCCGAAAUAUCGCCCAUCUGACACCCUGACCUAAAUCUGUCGUGACUGGCUUUAUCUCGACAAGAUGCAUCCAUUAUACUGGCAGCAGUAAGAUACUGUAAGUGAAGACAGCUUUAGUGGCGCACAUGAUGAAGAAAAUGCCAAACUAUUCAGCAAAAUUCUAUUUAAUACACCUUAAGUCAAAGUAUUCAUUCAUUCAUUCCCCCAGGGGAUAUUAACAAAUAUUUAAAAAAGCUGAGAAAUAAAUUAAUAUUGAUUGAAUUAAUAAAAGAUUGCAUCAGCACUGCGCCAUUGACUUUAGACCAGGCUUUUGUUGGUCAAAGGUGAGGUUUUUUUCAGUUGCCUCUAAAUAGCAACGCGCCAACAAUGCACCUGAACACACCUCAUUUUCAGACCAGCACGCCCAUGGGCGAACAGAUGGGCACAAGUGCAUUUGCUAUUUAAACAACGUGGGCGCUGGACAUGAAAAUGAUAACUGCAUCUGGCUGAAACUAACAAAAACAUUGGCGUCGCGUUGCGCCGGGUGUGUGAUAGAGCCCCUUAUAUACACAAUCUGCUGUAAAUCUAACAGGUAACACUUUACUGCUUGUAAAAAGUAGUUGUCUAUACACAUUUCAUGUGUAAUGCACUACACCUAAUGCUGAUCUACAGUGAUACAGGAUCUGGGCUCAACCUCACAUUCAGAUCUUUAUUUCAAACUGAUUAUCUGCACUCCAAACUAAUUUUGAAGUGACAGCUCAAUAUGUCUUCAUACUUUGUCACUUGCUGGAGGAGCUGUCAACAAAACCCUUUGACACCACAGUAAACUUUAUUUUGGCAGCAUUCGAGGAGUUCAAUUUGAAAACCCCCUUCGGGUCUGUGAGUUUUUUGGCUCCCUUAAUGAAGGCAACUUGCCAGAUGUUUCUUCUUUCUGUCAUUAAAGGUGAGGGCUCAUUUACAUUUCAUGAUGCACUGAAAAAUCUGAUUUACUGUAAAUGUAUACCCAUACAGGUCUCGCGUCGCAUUUUAAAUGUCAUAAUACAGUUAAGGCCCCGAUAUACUCACAUAGACGUUCUUUUUGGUACUUUGCUUAGGAGUAAAAAAGCCUAAGAAACCUUUGCAGUGGUAUACUGUUAGUGAACAUCCUGACGCCCCCAUGCUGCUGAGAGCAGCAUUUAGAUGCAUAUGUGCACUUUCCUAUCAAUAACAAAAUAAUGACAUCAGUGAGAAAACAGCCGAUAAAGGGCUCUUCUGAGCCAUGGAUUUUUUAUCAUUUGCUGAGGAGGUCUUCUAUCUCGCCAUCUCCUGCCCCUUUGACCACGAGACCGUGAAGUCACUUUUCUGGAGCAGGGCAAAUUACCACCAUCCCGUUGACCUCCCAGACACCACUGGUCUGAACUGAAAAGAAGCCUUCAUCCGGUGUCUGGAGAGUGUCCGUCCCCGAUCCAGGACCCAGCCAGACCCAGAGCCUGAAUCUCCACCUUCGACCGUGGAGUACACGUGUAUACCCCCCGCAGACAGAGAGCUACCACCCACCAUAAUGCGUCAGCCAGAGCCCGAGGAGAAGAGGACAGAGCUGACCCUCGCCCCUGAAGUGGAGCUCCAUCAUGAGUCUGACCAGGGGUGUGAGCCCACGACAUCAGCGGACGAGGGAGUCGUGACGACGGAGAAUGAGGACUGGCUGAUCAACUUCACUGAGGAAGCAUCUUCUCCCACCCUAUCCCACCCGUUACCUUCGUCAUCACUGUUUUCUAACUGUACUAAUGACUGUACGGACUGUGUCAUGUCGUGUUACUACCAGCAGUGUCAGUACAAGAGGAUCCUACGGCUCCGCCUUCCACCUUUGACCUCUUCGCUCCAUCUCGGCCUGUCGACUCCGUCUUGGCUCCUCCCACAUUUGCCUCCACCAGAGACCCUCGGACUUGCGGCUCCACCAGGUUUCCUCAUCCUGCCAGCUCCCCCUUGGUCAGUUGUCACACCACUUCCGCCACGGACUUGCGGGCCGUCUGCUGCAAUCUGUCCCUCCACCCCUACGGCUGCAGCGGGUUCGUUCUCAGCGUCGUCUACACACCGGCUCCACCUCAGCCCUCAGGUCAUCCUCAGUUGUCAGCAUCUGGACUCCUCCAUCUCUCGACUCCGCCGUGGGCUGUCGGCACUAGGGAGCUCUGGGUCUGUGGUCACGGACCAUCUCCACCGUCACCGCCAGAGGAUCGCCGUCCCUCCAUCACCAUCACUUUAUUUCAUUGUACUGUCUUUACCAUCCCUUCACCACACCCUGUCACCAGCCCUUCGCCACAUCCUUGUCCUCCUCCUAAACCUCCGCCAUCUCUCCAUAUGUCAUCACUCUUCUACGGCGCGAGGACGCGCCUUGCCAGGAGGGGCGUUAUGUCACGUUCAGUUCAGUUUAGUUGCAGUUUUCAUGGACUUUCAGUUUGUUUACCUUUAUCACGUGUGUCUCUUUGUCUUUGUUCCCACCACUGAUCAGUCACCAUGGACACUAAGCACAGCUGUUUGUCUUUAGUUACCAUCUCUGUGUAUUUAAGUUCCUGCCUGUUUCUUGUUCAUUGCUGGUUGUUUUCUGUGCACUAGCACACUGUUACAUAUGUUUACCUGUUAU